AUGGGUAAACGCAAAAAGAGUUCGCGUAAGCCUCAGGGCCCUAGGAAGAACGAGCCGCUCGCGACCGUGUUCACCUGCCUCUUCUGCAACCACGAAAAGUCCGUGUCUGUCAAGCUCGAUAAGAAAGCUGGCGUGGGCACCCUCGACUGCAAGACUUGUAGCCAGAAGUUCCAAUGCGGCAUCAACUAUCUUUCGGCGGCGGUAGACGUAUAUAGUGAAUGGGUCGACGCCGCAGGUGAGCACUUUAUACCGACUGCCGAGAGUGUUUGGUAUAUCUGGCGCAUAUACUUACUAAUCAUUCCCAGAUGCUGUUGCCCAUGGACCGGACGCGGAGUCACCAUUAGGUCUCAGUGGUAG